AUGGCACCCAAAAGUCUUCUCCGAUAUAUCUUUCACCACGGUGCCUAUUCAAACUCCAGCACUGACGCGUCUCCUCUAAAGCUCUCUGAGUCACCUCACACUGAGCCCACGGAGAACCCCAAGGAUGCAGUUUCGAACCCACCAACUACCAGACUUCCACCGACAACGGCGCAAGAGGCUGUUCUUGGAGACAUCGUUGAAGCGCCCAACACUGACAUCGACACUGACACCCACUCUAUUACCAAGACCCUCACCACGCUCAAUCUUGACAUCAAAAACUGGGAAACACGCGACCUCAUUCACGCGACUAUUGACGAAGCAAGGCUUGCAACUCAGGCGCAUCUUGACACCAUCAGCACGACGCUCGCGUUGCUGGAUGCGCUCGAGGGCUUCAGUCCAACGAUUCUGGUUCUAAGGAAGGAGAUGGAGGGGAAAAAGCUUGUGUGCGAAGGGAAAUUGAAAGUGCUGCAAGAAGUCGAGGGAGCGGCUGAACAGAUGCAUUUCGGUGAUGAAAGUGGUGCUGUAGCGCCAGCGAGUGAGUCCCAAGCUGAUAUCUAAGGAGAUGCUUGCGGAAGGCGCAGAUGGGAGUCAAUGAAUUGGAGUGUGAAAUUCCUAGGCAUUCGAGAUGACAGCAAGUCUCUUCCAAACCUCAAAACUCAAGGUAGACUCCACGGUACUAUCUUCGGC